GUACCACGUGAUCGUAACGUCAACGCGCCGGCGCCCGCCUAACUGACGCGCUCGGCUUCGGCGGGUUAGUGGUCGGGGCUUAGGUGAUUUCCCACCCCCGAGUUGUGGCGUUUGGGGUCUUUUUCUCCGGACUUCCUGGCCCUGCUCUGGGAUUUCACGAUGUACCACAACAGUAGCCAGAAGCGGCACUGGACUUUCGCCAGUGAGGAGCAGCUAGCACGACUGCGGGCGGACGCCAACCGUAAAUUCAAAUGCAAAGCGGUCGCCAACGGGAAGGUUCUUCCAAACGAUCCAGUCUUUCUUGAGCCUCACGAAGAAAUGAUGCUCUGCAAAUACUAUGAGAAGAGAUUAUUAGAAUUCUGUUCAGUGUUUAAGCCAGCAAUGCCACGGUCUGUUGUGGGUACAGCUUGUAUGUAUUUCAAGCGUUUUUAUCUUAAUAAUUCAGUAAUGGAAUAUCACCCCCGGAUAAUAAUGCUCACUUGUGCAUUUUUGGCCUGCAAAGUAGAUGAAUUCAAUGUAUCUAGUCCACAGUUUGUUGGAAAUCUGCGGGAGAGUCCUCUUGGACAGGAGAAGGCACUCGAACAGAUUUUGGAAUACGAACUACUUCUUAUACAACAACUGAAUUUCCACCUUAUUGUCCACAAUCCUUAUAGACCAUUUGAGGGCUUUCUCAUUGAUUUAAAGACUCGCUACCCCAUGAUGGAGAAUCCAGAGAUGUUGAGGAAAACAGCCGAUGACUUUCUUAAUAGAAUUGCAUUAACAGAUGCUUACCUUUUAUACACACCUUCCCAAAUUGCCCUGACUGCCAUUUUAUCUAGUGCAUCUCGAGCAGGAAUUACUAUGGAAAGUUAUUUAUCAGAAAGUCUGAUGUUGAAAGAGAACAGAACUUGCUUGUCACAGUUACUAGAUAUAAUGAAAAGUAUGAGAAACUUGGUAAAAAAAUAUGAACCACCCAGAUCUGAAGAAGUUGCUGUUCUGAAACAGAAGUUAGAGAGAUGUCACUCUGCUGAGCUUGCCCUUAACAUAAUUACGAAGAAGAGGAAAGGCUAUGAAGAUGAUGAUUAUGUCUCAAAGAAACCCAAACAUGAGGAGGUAUGUUGUCCAAAGGAAGAAUGGACUGAUGAUGACCUGGUUGAUUCUCUCUAACCAUUUGAAAUUGACUUUUGAAUGCUAACUAAUCAACAGAAGGAUGAAACGUAUCGGGCAUUUAAGUUUAUUUAAAAAUGAAAUGACGUGAAAGCAUUAAAGAUAGUAAAUUUUC